UUUUUAAAAAUAGUGUGAAAAUCCCUAACUUAUUACUGAAGGAGCUUUUCCAUAGAAAGAAACCUUUCUUAAUUUUGCAGGUUGUGAACUCAAAACUGCUGUAACUAUCUAUGGAAGGCAUUUGAUUUGGUCUUCUGUUUGCUUAAAAGGUCCAAAGUAGCACAGAACUAAUGAGCAGUACAAAAUCCCUUCAAUUAACUGUUAAUUUAUUUGUAAGAAGUAAUAAUAAGGUACUUUAAAAAAUGAUUCCUAAAAAGGAUUUGAAUUCUUCAGUUGAUGCACAUAUUUGUUUCCUUUGCAUUUUUAUAAUUAAAAAAAACCCAAAAAAUUGAAGUACUGAUCUCUAGUAUUACAUGAAAGAAAAGUGUACUUUUAAAAUCAUCAGACUAGCUCAUUUAAAUGUUUUUGGCUUGCAAAUGUUAAUUGAUUUUUAUUUUUUUUCCCUCUUUGGGAUGCAUACUACAAGCCCUGCCUGUUGGAUCUGUACAGAAGUUGUUAGUGCCUGUAUUGCAUAGGGUCUGAAUGUCUAUAAUACGUCAUCUCACCGUAAUAGUUGCUGUCUUUAAAGUUUUAUUCCAGUUGUCUGACAUGACCCAAAAAUAAUUCUAAAGGUAUCAAAUUAAUUAGAUGACACAGGUAACUAUCAAUAAUUUGAUAGUUUGUUUAUUCCCUGUUUCUGUAUUAGGAAAAAUAAAUUACUAUUGUAACAUGUAGCUUAUCUUUAAUAGACUAAUUUAGACUAAAAGCAAAGUAUAGGGUAAAUCUGGGGGAAAAAAAAAUCAAAGGAACCUUAUAACUGAUGGUUAUUUUGUAUUAAGCAUUUUAGGUUUGUUUUUGGUUGAAUAGAGAUGAUAAUAAGUAUUGGAAAUAAAUGGAAGUGUGUAUAUGUAUGAGAAGAAAGGUUAUAAUAUAAAUAGGCAUAUAAAAUAAAUCUUUGCUUAGUUCUCAGAUAAAUAUUGUCAUUGCAGCCUUUGAGCACUCUCAGAGCAGGAUGCUGUGAAAGGUAGUCACCUCAUUUAACUUCCUACCAGCACCUCUUCCAUGUGAAUAAAUGCCAAGAAGUGAGAUCUGUAACACCUGUAUUGCAGCAGCAAGACUCCUGGGCAGGCACAGAAUUUGGCUCUAGCAUAACCUGAAUCCUGAGGGAAAAGCAGAAGUAGGGCUGAUCACUUUGCUCUGGGAGCUAAAUCAAAUCCCAGGGACUUGUGGGCAGCACAUUGUGUGAAGAGUGUACACAUCUGGUCAUUCUAAUCACUUUUUCAUUAACAUCCCUACAUCUUUUUAUAGAGAGAUGAAUUUUUGUUAAAAUAAAUUUUGUUUCAAGAAACAGGUAUAUUUCUGUGGGAGACAGCUUAAAUUCCACCAGUGUAGAGUGCCACUGCUGGCAUUACUAUUUUUAUAAGCUGAAUUUUAUAAGCCUUCACAAAAGAAGACAGUGUGCUAACAGCUGUUGUUCAGAGUACUGACAAAAAAUUCAUCUUCCCCUGUUAUUAGCAGAAGGCAAUGCAAUAGUGUAUGUUGUAUGUGGGCUCUACAGAGGAAGUAAGAAUGAUGUAAUGCAAGGAGCCUUUAGAUCUUUACCUUAAUGUAUAUGAAGGUGGAAAAUUUCUCAGAGCUCAGUGUUUCAUUCAGAGAAUACAGUGGAGAAGUUUUUGUAGUUGAAAUGCCAAAAUAGCCUUAGGACAACUGUCUUAAAGCUUUCUGACUUGAAGCAGACUUUUUUGCUUGCUUGUUAUCUUCUGAUGGACAGACUCUUGUGAAGCAAGCUUUUGGUAUUUCACUUUAUUGUUGCCUGUGGAUUGUCUUUAUAUCCCAAGAAAAUAUUAGGAAAACUUGAUAAAAUAUGGCUAGAGACCAGGCAUGAGGAGAUGUAGAGAAUUGUCAGUAAAGUACAUAACAAAGCUACAACUCAUUUGAAAAGCAAUUCCAUAAUAUUUCUGAUCUUCUCUAGGCUCCUGCUAAGUCUUUAAUGUACUCUGAAUACUUGUGGGAAAUGCCUUUAAUUAUGUUUAAGAUCUUUGUGAUUUUAGUUCCACUAUUUCAGUUCUUUGGAAGCGACAGCUACUGGUUUGGGGAAUCAAAGUAAGAUACAAAUUUUUCUAUGAUCUUCAGUAAGUUUUUGCACCAUUCUUGCUUGUGGCACAGGACCAACUGCCUUUAAUUAAAAUACUUCUUAGUAUGUGGAAGCUAAAUCAAUGUCUUAAGCCUUGAUCUGUGUUGCCCAGCAUCUCCCAGCUUCAGGCCAGAAAUGUGAAGCUUUUAAAUUUGCUGGCCAGGGUCUGCUUUAGUCCAGUUUAUUCCUUUUGCUUUGGGACUGGGGAGCUGGGCUCAGGAAUGAGUGAAUGAAAGAGGAAAAAGUCAGGACUGCCCUUUAAGUAACUCUGCUAGGUGUAAAUACUGAUAUCAUCAAGGUUGUAAUUCCAAAAGUAGAGCUCUUUGCAGGGUCAGGAGUCCUUGCACUCAAAUUUCAUGAAGGGUUACAAAGCUUUUCCCUUCUGAUCUUAGAAAAAAGUCUGACUAAUCAUUUAUAAUGGAGUAGAAAAAAUGGAAUUUCAUUAUGAAACAGAGUUAACCCCUAACUGUCAACAGAAAACUACCCAAUGCAAUCUUGCCCAGCAAGCUCUGCAAGGUACUCCAAUUUAAUAAAAUUUUCCAGAUUUAUUCUGAAAAAGUACUUCUGUUUUUUUCAUUCUUGGACUCUUGAAGUGAAGGAAUUUCCUAGUUCAUUGUGAUGUUUCUUUCAGAUGCUUAUGAUUUUAAAGAUACUCUUAUGUUAGUGAGAGUUGGAAAUAUUUUCUAUGAUCAUGUAAGUAGAGAUUGGAAAUGGCUCUUGUGUCAGAGGAUGCGCUUGUCUGGUGGGAAAAUUUUACAAGUUAUUGAGGUAUUUAAUCUUGUCCAGGCUCCUGGUAGUUUUCUACCUCCUUGCAAACCUAUUCACUUCUUUGACACUUGAGAAAGCAGAAGAGGGAAGAUUACCUGUUUAUAUUACCUCACUAAAGAGGGACCAAACCAAAUUGAGAAAGUCUACAAUAAUCCAGUGGCUACUUUUUAUUUCUUUUAUACAUAGAUAUGUCUGAGAACUGUUUUCCUUCCCUCUUUGUUCUGUGGAAUAAAUGCAAAGACCAAAUUUUUGUGCUCAUGGAAAACAAAUUGUAUUAAUAGAUUAUCAGAAAAACCUUUCAGACACCGGCUUCCCUUGUGGCUAGAUAAUGUGUUGUGCAAAAGGCAGAUGUCUCAGCAGACUCCAGUCCGGCAAAUCAAGCCUUAUGUUUGGAGUGUUUGAAGUCCGUGUUGAGUUGGCUGCAGGUAUAGAAACUCAGCACUGAAUGAUUGGAGGGGUCAGUACAUUAUGGGUGGUCUUAGAGCACAGCUUGUUGUUACUGCUUCCCUUGCUGAAGGCCAUUGUAAACUCAUUGGUUGGUUUGCCCUUCAUCCCCUGUGUGCAUCAUUGAUUUAGAAGACUGUUCCUGAAGGAUCCUGGUACCUUUUGUUCCAGUGUGGAGGUGACUUAGAAAUGUUCCUAAAGCUUAUUCAUGCAGAAAUUAAAAGUUAUGUAGCCUUUUAAAAACAUGCAUGUAAAGUGUCUCAUAUAUAUGUCCUCCUGAUUGAUACAUAUAUAUAUAUAUACACAAAAACAAUAUUUAUAAAUUAAUUAGGUCACUUAAAACUAUUAGUGUGACAUAAACUCAAUUUUCAAGGCUCACUGAAAUUGUAUGCCUUCCUUCUAAGAGUAUAAGGGGAAGCUACCUUGAAAAUUUGGUUUCUCAGUUAAGAACUGAUGAUACCUGAUGAUAACUGAUGGUGUUGUGAACUCAUGGUAGAAUAUGCAGCUUUUUAGCUAUGUUAGGCCCAGGUUGCAGAAAUGAUUUAGCUAUUUGAGGUAUAUUAGUAGUGUAAUGAUGAUUGAUUGGUGCAAGCACAUGUAAAGGAAGUGCUGAGAUCCUGCAUUGAAACUUUAAUGAUUUAUUCUUCCUCUCUAGACCUGUUUUCUUGUCCUUUGUUUUUCCAAUGCUGUUAUCUUUACUGUUUGGGGAGAAAUUAUUUAUCUUCUUUAUGAUGCUCAGAGUAGAUUUAAAUGUCAUUGUUUUGAAUGUCUUUAGGGAUAUAAAUAUCAGGAUGAAGGGUAAGAAUUAAUUUUAAUAGAUCCAGUAAGACUUACGGCAGAUGGCUGCUGUGUGCUUGUUUACAAGUGAAACAAGGAUAGCUGAAUGAGACCUGAAACCACGUGUUAUUCCAGCCCUGACAGACACUAGUAUGAAAUGGUGAGAUUCUUAUGAUCCAUAGGUGACAUGGCUGAGGAUCUCUUGGUUUGAUGAAAUUUUGAUGCCUUAGUCCUUUCUGAAAAGGGGGCAUCCACUCUGCCUUCUGUCAGGAUACACAGCAUAUUCUACUUCUCCCAGUAAAAAUAAAGUUUUAUUACAGGGAAAAUUUUGCUAUUCUGCUUUUGUCCUGUCUUGAAUGUAAAUAUAUCACUUAUUUUUUUGGCAGGUUAUUUGGGAAGAGAAUAGUAAUUAGCUGAACAAAACAGCACAAGAUGACUUAUGAUUCCUGUUCGUCAUGGGAACCUGUCUGGAUUGUCCCUGCAGAAUGCUUCAGCUUCCUUUCCUUCAUCGUGUUCUCAGCUUGUGGAGUCAUAAACCUGAGUGGAACUUCGGAUGGAAAUACUGACAUGAACUUGAGAACUUUGAUUCUUUCGAACCUUGAAUUUUGAUUGUUAAAUGACCAGUUCAAAAUACUACCUGAACAAGAUGAAAUGCCUUGAAGACCUUUGGUUCUGCUUUCAUUUUUCCUGAAGCAAUGGUUUUCUCCGCAAUGUUGACGCUGGCCCACUCUGGGACCUCAAAUGCUACUUUCAUUGUUUAUGAAAAUGCCUAUACGAAUUUUACCACUCCCCAGUUCUUGCUUCAUAGUGGCACAACACAGCCAUUGAGAUAUGGUUCAGGUGCUGUGCUCACCACUGAGAGAAGUACUUUCCUGGUAAACACCACAGCUAUCCUGCCAUCACAAGAAGUUUUCAGGAGCUUGAGUUUGCCACUCCAAAUCAUCCUUUCUGCUGCUAUGAUAUUUAUCCUAUUGGUUUCUUUCCUCGGAAACUUUGUUGUCUGCCUGAUGGUCUACCAGAAGGCAGCUAUGCGAUCUGCAAUUAAUAUCCUCUUAGCAAGCCUGGCUUUUGCAGACCUGCUGCUGGCAGUGCUGAAUAUGCCAUUUGCUUUGAUAACAAUCAUUACCACUCAGUGGAUUUUUGGGGAUAUAUUUUGCAGAGUUUCUGCCAUGUUCUUCUGGCUUUUUGUCAUAGAGGGGGUAGCCAUUCUUCUUAUUAUUAGUAUUGACCGAUUUCUCAUCAUAGUUCAGAGGCAAGAUAAACUGAACCCCUACCGUGCAAAGAUUCUUAUUGUGAUUUCCUGGGCAGCAUCAUUUAUUGUCGCUUUUCCGUUAUCAGUAGGGAAUCCUAAUCUGCAGAUACCCUCGAGAGCACCUCAGUGUGUUUUUGGCUACUCUACAAGCCCAGGUUACCAAGCCUACGUGAUAGUUAUCUUGCUAAUUUCUUUUUUUAUUCCAUUCCUAGUAAUGCUGUAUUCUUUUAUGGGCAUACUCAACACUGUCCGCCACAACGCCGUUCGUAUCCAUAGCCACCCUGAUAGCAUAUGUCUCAGUCAGGCCAGCAAACUUGGUCUCAUGAGCUUACAGAGACCUUUUCAGAUGAAUAUUGAUAUGAGCUUUAAAACUCGUGCCUUCACAACCAUCUUGAUUUUGUUCCUUGUCUUCAUAGUCUGUUGGGCACCAUUCACCACUUACAGCCUUAUUGCCACGUUCAACAGCCACUUCUACUACAAGCACAACUUUUUUGAGAUAAGCACUUGGCUCCUUUGGCUCUGCUACCUCAAGUCUGCACUGAACCCACUGAUUUACUACUGGAGGAUUAAGAAGUUUCAUGAUGCAUGCUUAGACUUGAUGCCCAGAUUCUUCAAGUUCUUGCCACAGCUCCCUGGCCAUACAAGGCGGCGCAUCCGGCCCAGUGCCAUCUACGUCUGUGGGGAGCAUCGGUCGGUAGUUUGAAGCUGCAGCUGUUUGACAGUGAUUGUUGUUUGCUGGGGUCAUUAGUUUUUAGGCUUUAGGUUGAUUUUUGUUUUGUUUCAUAUGGCUUUUUCAGUGUGGCCAUAUCUUAUAACUUGAUUAAAUUUUCAUUACUCUGUGCAAUUUUGGGAAGAUGGAGGGAAUGUGUGGCUAUAGUUGGGUUUACUACCAGAAUACAAUGGAAACAGAAUAACAAAUGUUACCUCUAGGAUUCCAUGAAAAUCCAUUAUUUUAAUGAAAACUAUAUUUGGAACAUCUUGUCAGGUUUAUGCUUAUUAGGCCUGCAAUUUUAUCUAAUUGUAGGGACUUUUUUAAUGCUGCUAAGAGACGGUGUAUUUAGUUGGUGUAAUUUUUUUGAAAACUAUUGCUGCUGUCUGCCAAUAUAUUAGAGCCAAAAAGUCUCAUUAGAUUAUUUCUAUCUAAUUUAAUGAUAUUUCAGAAGUUUUCAUGGUGACAUUAAAAACCUUUUUUUUAAUAUUUCCAUUAAUAUUUUUGUGCACUUUACAAAAUUUACUAUAUAGUUUGUUCAUUUGAAUAUUUUGUUCUGUAUUGAAGGUGUAUUAUUAUUGCUUUUAUUUGUUAUAUUGGUGAAUUUCAAUGAAAGACUAUGUAAGCUCUAGGAGGACAAUUUAUUUUGGUAUAGCUACAUGUACAGUCACAGGUUUUCUGGUUUUCUAACAAUUGAUCAAAAUUACCUGCUCAGUUAGCAGGAGAGUUAGAAGGAGAAAACAGAGGAAUGAAAGAGAAAGCAACAAAAAUACCAUGACCUGAGAUUUAGGCUAACAUAUGGUUUAGAAGAAGAGUGUUCAUGUUAACAUUGUUCCAGGGUAAAGGGUGACUAUAGUUGUUACUUGAGGCUGUUACAAGUUAUCCAAACCUGAUGAUAUGCAUGAAAAACUAUCUGAAAUAGUGAUGAUUUUUUGGGCCUGCAAUUUAUACUGUGUUGUUGUAACGUUGUUUCUGCUUGGAGCUCAUAUAAGGCUAGGUGUGCUCUACACUACUGAAAUCAUGAUGUCAGGCAUUUGUCAGGAUAGAAGAGUAGGGUAAACCAGCACACAGAUAGCAAAUGAACCAUAGUUAAGGUUAGGGUUUAGUCUACAUAGUAAUUACAGGGAGAAAAAGAAUCCUGAACUUGUUUUACAAUUGAAGUAUUAGAUCAAAACCAUAAGCAGUCACAGAAUCAUACAGUGGCUUAGUUUGGAAGGAACCAUAAAUACUAUCCUGUUCCAACCCCACUGCUAUGGGCGGGAAGGACACCUUCCACUAGACCAGGCUAGUCAGAGCCCCAUUCAACUUGGCCUUGAACUCUUCCAGGGAUGGAGGAACCACAGCUUCUUUGGGAAACCCAUUCCAGUGCUUCACCACCCUCACAGGGAAGAAUUUCUUCUUAUAUCUUUUCUAAAUCUACUCUCUUUCAGCUAUUACCCCGUAUAAGAGGCAGUCAGGAGAGUUUGCUGGGGGUGUAAGUUAAUCCCCUUUCCCUCUGAUACUACUUCACAUUGAUUUUUUCAUUACCUCUUUGUCUCUGUAGUGACUGCUGUCUCAAGGGUUUACUUGCUGUUCUCAUCUAUUAGGCAUCAGCUUCUCUCCCUAAAAUGCCAGACUACCUUUCUGAUUAAUGUCAGACUGUGUUGAUAUUCUCCUGGAAAGCAGAAAGACAAAGAUUUUCCUUGAUG